AUGACAUCGUCGUCAGGAAGACGAGUUUCGGUCGCUAGCGCCGCUGCUUCCGCCGCUGCAUCAUCGCUGCCGUCAUCGGUGCCAUCAUCAUCGCCGAAAUGCUUCCACUGGAAUGGGAAGCAUCAGUUGUUCAUCCUCGAAAUGCGCAACAGGCUUCUCAUUCAACGAACAGACGGCGUGCAUUGGCAUUUAUUAAGAUGUAUUGGUGGCCAAAAGAUCGCUGCCGGAUUUGUAAUGUACCGAAUGAGGAAUUCAACAGCCGAAGCACUCACCGCUUGCUAUUUGAUUCGAGUCCUGGUCUCAUUUUUGCCUCUUUCAUAA